AGAUCGGAUCGCGAGAGAUCGAAACUAGUCGAGUGAACUUGGUUCGUUGAUAAACAUCCGUUCUCUUUCUUUUCGGCGUAAUCGAGGACAAAAUUAUCCGUGAAAAAUUAUCUCUUAGGUUGUUGAAAAACGUAACAAGAUGCGGGAAAUUGUGCACGUGCAGAUCGGCCAUUGCGGAAAUGGGAUUGGCGCAAAGUUUUGGGAGGUGAUCGCGGACGAGCAUGGUCUGACUCCGAACGGAAUUUUUGAAGGGGAAUCCGAUCUUCAAUUGCAACGAUUAAACGUGUAUUUCGUGGAAGGGCCAAGUAUCCCGUUCGAAUAUUUACAGGUUAACCGUUAUACCGAAAAGCGGUAUUUCUCGCCUCUCUUUCCAGAUAAAAGGUACGUCCCGAGAGCUAUUCUGGUCGAUCUCGAUCCGUCGAGCGUGAACAACGUUUUGUCCGGUGCAUGGGGGAGCAUGUUCAAGCCUGACAACGUUGCCACAGGUAAAGCUGGAACAGGGAACAAUUGGGCGAGAGGUUACUAUACCGAAGGAGCGGAAUUGAUCAGCAUUGCGUUAGAUCUGAUUCGCACGGAAGCUGAAGCCUGCGAUCUGAUUCAAGGAAUUCAACUGGUUCACUCGUUGGGCGGCGGAAGCGGCGGUGGGAUGUCCGCGUUGCUAAUGGCCAAACUGAAGGAGGAAUAUCCGGAGACGAUCAUCAAAUCUUACUGCGUGAUACCGUACUCGUCGAUGCCGACCGUGGUAGUAGAGCCGUACAACGCGAUAUUGACGCUCGUCAAAGCGAUCGAUUGCAGCGAUCAAACAUUUUGCGUGGACAAUAGAGCGAUGCAUCACAUCUGUAGCAAUGUUCUAAAGCUCACCACACCAACGUUCACCGAUACGAAUCGGAUAAUAUCCAAUUACAUGUCGGGCAUCACGACUUGCUUCAGAUUCCCCGGCCAAUUAAAUACCGAUCUGAAGAAGUUAUUGGUCAACUUGGUGCCGUUCCCGAGGCUCCACUUCUUCAUUCCCGGCUACGCGCCCCUAUUCUCCAGAAGCUCUGCUCCCUACAUAAAAUUAGACGUUCCAGAAUUGACGAAGCAGUUGUUCCACGCGAACAGCAUGUUCGUUUACUGCGACCCGGCCAAGGCCAAGUUUCUCACCGUGGCCGUCAUCUUCAGAGGCAGGAUGUCGACCAAGUUCGUGGACGAGCAAAUGUUGAAUAUACGAAGCAAAAACAGCCCGCAUUUCAUCGAAUGGAUACCGAACAACAUACAAACCGCGAUAUGCGAUAUCCCCCCUCGAGGAAUCAAUAUGACCGCCAGCAUGAUAUCGAACUCGACGGCGAUACAGAAGCCUAUCAAAAGGCUAAUGUCCGCGUUCGAUAAUAUGUUGAAGAAACGCGCGUAUCUGCAUUGGUAUACGAACGAAGGAAUGGACGAAAGCGAGUUUAACGAAUCUUAUUCCACUAUGUACGAUCUGUUAUUCGAGUAUCAACAACACCAGGAAGCGGUCGCCGAAACUAACAUCGUCGACGAGUCGACGGAAUACGAGGAGGAAUGA